AUGUUUGCGGCAAUCCUGUUUCGGCGUCAGGUGAGACCAUUUUCUGAAUUGCUGCUAACCAACUUUCCCUUCGAAAGGGAGAAUGGAGUCCCAAUUUUCGACUGCCUGUUUCUACGAGGUCCUGUUGCAACAGAUACCUCAUCUUCCUCUUUUCCACCCAUGCCCAAUGUCCUAUUCUCGCCGCUGUCUCUUUGGGUCGCGGCCAACCUGUACGUGGCACUCCUCUCCGUCCGACGCGGUAGACGUGGACGAAUGCAGCAGGGACAACGGCGGCUGCCAGAAGGAGUGCUGCAAUGUCCCGGGCGGACACUACUGCAAAUGCCCGCCGGGAUACUUUCUGGCGCCCGACAGGAAGCGCUGUCUCGGUGA